UAGAUUGGAUCGUUGCGUUGUCCCCCCAAAAGCCUAUUCUCACCAGCGAAUACACGACCAGUGUUACACCGACAACACUCAUAAUCACUCACACAAUCCUUCUCCAACAACAAUCACGUCCACGAUCCUUGACUUUCCCGUUUCGCCAUGACACUCGUCAGUGCCGUUCCGAUUCUCUCCGUGUCCGGCCAAUUCCACUCCCGUUUACAGUUGGAGCUGGUGGAUUUGACGUUGACCUCAACGUCGCACGGUCCUUUCACGUCCGAAACCGACGACGCUUCGACGUCUUCUACCUUGACGGUCGAUCGCGUCGGAUCGCACAAGUCGUUGCUCCCGUCGUCAUCGUCUUCCGGCAAGCAGGUGCGCUUCGCCCUCCAACACAACGACGCUAGAGACAACGUCCUCUACCCGCGCGAAGACUGCGGCGCCGCUUGGUACACUGCCGCGGACUACCGACACUUCAAGGCCUCCACAUUGCAACUCGCCAAGGAAAUCGCUCGAGCGGAAGCGGACCACGCCACACCCUUUUCCUACCACGGCGUCCUCCUGCGCGCGUACGAAGUCUGUGUGCACGGUCCCGAUCCGAAAGACAACCCGGUGCAUCCUUCCCAGAUGACGACGCCACCGCCGAUCUUGACUCUGUACGAACGACAGCACCUGACCAGAUGGGCGAAAAGGACUCCCGCGCGAGUGGGAUUGGAACGUUGGAGCUGUCGACCCAUUCAUCGGGACAAGGCCUUUCGACGACACCAAGUUGUGGACGUUGUUCUGGAUUCACAGGAAUUGCUACGUUGCCGGCCAGACAACGACAAUAAUACUUCCAUCACCCACGAUGCCGACGAACGUCUGCGUCAAUUGAGUCUCGGUAUUACCCGACCAUCCGGAUUGUUUGCCCAGUGCCUCGCGCAAGCCCAAGCCAGUGCCGGGGACGAGGGAUGAGCAAUGAGUCGAGCAGCCCAACACUACCUCUUCCGAUCCACGCCUUUCGCGUCACCAAAACCCGUUUAGAAUCCGGGCAAUCCGAUUGCCGACCCCCUACAACUGUACACAUACACACGACCUAUAUACACGCUACCAACGGAUCUCUCCAUUGCACCCGAAUACUCCUCAAACAACUGACUGUACAUACCAUAACACAAGAGUAUUUUAUAAAAAGGGCAUUUCCG